GCAAAGAGUAGCCACAUCAACAGAAGCACUUGUUCUAGAAGUGACUCGUGAAGCAAAACAGCAGUUCUUUUUUUUCUUUCUCAUUUCUUUCUCAUUUCUUCUUUUUCUUUUGCCUCAUAUAUGUGAUCGCACGCGAUCAUGCGAUAGCGCUUGCGUGGCACCCCCGAGUUCUCUUCCUUUACUCUGAGGAGUUGUAUUGCAUUUUGAUCUGCUUUCGUCUCUUUACGGAUAUUUUGUUUUUCUAAGAAAAGAAGAAGAGAGGAAUCCCAAAACAACCGCCUACACCCCAAGGGAAGGUGUAUUUUAUUAUUAUUACUCUUAAGAGGAAUAGUCGCUGGUUUGUGCGACCAAGUUGAGUAGGUCGUUUAUAUAUAUAUAUGUAUACAUCGCGCGGAGGCAGCUGGAUAAGCGAUGUGGAAGACGUCCCCAGCGAAGCCUUCGCUAUCGCAGGGUGGUCGUCGUAAAGCAGGCACCGGCGGUGACGGCAGCAGCGGUAGCGGCGGGGGCCUCUCCUCCGUCGCCCUCUCCCCACCUCCGCGUCUUGCUCCGCUGCUGUCGGUUUCCGCCUCACCCUCUUCUUCCGCCUCCCCCACCACCCAGCGCGAAUGCCGCUUUUUCGAAACGGCACGCGGAGAAGGGCGUCCGCCGCACCCACGAAGCACAUUGCGGUCCUCUGCGUGGGCCGAUGCGGCCACCGAUGUUUCGCUCAGCCACGCCACUCCUGGGGUGUCGCGCGUAGGCGUCGUGCCACCUCUCAUCGGCUUUACACCGACCAACAGCAGCACCAGCUGCGGCAGCAGCCACAGCCGUAAUAACGGUGUGCCGUCCUCCGCGACGCUGUGGCGCAUGGGUACGGCGCACCCCCACCCGCCGCACCUCGCGGCCUUGCCGGUGCACCGGCCCUGGCCAGUGGAGCUGUGCUGGCGGCGCAGCAAACCCCUCACACGACAUCUGACUACCACGCGAACCGCAACAGAGGUGCGGGAGCGAAAAGCACACAGGCAGUCGAAGGACUCGCGUGAGGGGAGAGCGGAGUCCUCCCCGCGGGCAUUAGUGCCAAAUGGAGACGUGGCGCUGAAGCAGGUGGAGACCCACGUGGUGGAUGCCGGGCAUAGCCGUGCGGGCUCGUACACACCAGCACGUGCAGGCGCGGUGGCUCCCGGGAAGUGCCCGUCGCUGUUUCCUUCUCGGCUGUCGUCGUCGCAGCCCGCACCCGAACCGCCGUGCUGUAGGACGGAGGUCAACGCGCCGGUCUCUGUUGCUCAGCCGUCGAUGAAAGCUGACCGAGACAGCGGGGUUGAUGCGCUGACGUCGCCGGCUGCCCUCGCCGUGGACCUCUCCACGGAAGACGCACGCGUCCUCCCGGCUCCCUGCGCCGCAACGGAAGCACCCUUUGCCUCCGCCACGGCCUUUCUGUUUCGCGUCGAGGCACUGCAGUCCGACUACGCCCAGGCGCAUCAGCUGCCACAGCUGUUUGCGGAAAUGGUGCAGGACCUUGCCAUGGCGCAGCCGCUCUCCUCCGCACCCGACGGCGCCGACUCGGGUGUCGUCGCGCAGUGGAUGCAGCACUGGUUCCGCAACCGCUACGACCGAUGCGAGGCCCGGCCGGAAUGGCCGUCGUCUCCGCCCGUCCGACGCGCGCUGCGCGAUGCGCCGCUGCACUCAGCCACGAAGAAAGAGGAGAAAGACUCGCUCUCCGCGCGGCCUGGGGAGCCCCCCCAACGGUCCAAACGGACUUCUGCCACCUUAUCCACGGCGACGUCCGCCGUUUUCUCGGCCGCCUCGUCUUCCUCCAACCACCGAUUUGUGCCGUUGACGGUGCAGCCAGCGGGGACGGCGGUAACCGUGGCGAGCAGUCGCAAUAGCCCGAUCGACGAUGCUUCUCUCUGUGCGUCGCUGAACAGCGCCGACGCGACUCACAACGAACAUCCUCCCCUCGCGCUUCGACCGCCGCCACCGCUCUCAUCCGCCUCUACAUCGGCGUCUUCCUCGCAGCACUCCUCCGCGGCUGGGAUGCCGAAGGCGGCGAACUCGAAAAGUCCCCCGACAAGUGCCAGCGCAGCCCACGCGAGACGACUCCCGCGGCCCAUCUCGCACUCCGUCGUCAACGCAGCGAAGAUCAGCGGCGCCGGCAACGCCGGUGGGGCGGCCGUGGCUGGACCCGGGCGAGGACCCGCGAAAUCGGCGUGCACCGUUGCGGGGCUUCUGACCUCUGCGUCUGCAUCAGAGGCCGCCCAUGCAAGCAAGUGA